ACAAGACUCGUCCUCUCCCCACUUGUCUCUCUCCCUCUCCGCUGCUGUCUCCGCGGGCGUCGAGAGGCGGCGGCUGGGUUUCCACGGCGAGUAAGCGCCCGGCCGCGCGCGCCCUUGUGCGAGCUUGGAAAUCGGGCGGGGUCGUGCUGAUUUAGGAAGUUCCGAGGUGUGCCCCCCGCGGCAACGGACGAUGGGGCUCGCUUCCUGCUGCAAGCGGUCGGACGGGGCCGAACCUGGUAGGAUGAAGAAGAAGGACACAACGUGGCGGAUCUUCUCGCUGAAGGAGCUGCAGUUGGCAACGAACAAUUUCAAUUAUGAUAACAAGCUCGGCGAGGGUGGGUUCGGCAGUGUCUACUGGGGCCAGCUUUGGGAUGGAUCACAAAUUGCUGUGAAACGGCUCAAGAGUUGGAGCAACAGGGCUGAAACUGAAUUUGCCGUCGAGGUGAAGAUUUUGGCACAAGUGAGGCACAAAAGCCUUUUGAGCUUGCGUGGAUAUUGUGCUGAAGGCCAGGAACGCUUGAUAGUCUAUGAUUAUAUGCCAAACCUGAGCUUGCACUCUCACCUUCAUGGACAGCACGCAGCUGAAUGUCAUCUUAGUUGGGAACGAAGAAUGAAGAUCGCCAUUGAUUCCGCAGAAGGGAUUGCCUAUCUUCAUCACUAUGCAAUGCCGCAUAUCAUUCAUAGAGACGUCAAGGCAAGCAAUGUUCUCUUGGACUCGAAUUUCCAAGCACGGGUCGCUGAUUUUGGGUUCGCCAAGCUCGUUCCAGAUGGUGCAACACAUGUCACCACAAAGGUGAAAGGUACACUCGGUUAUCUUGCACCAGAGUAUGCGAUGCUUGGGAAGGCCUCUGAAAGCUGCGACGUCUUCAGCUUCGGCGUAAUGCUCCUAGAGCUUGUCAGCGGAAAGAAGCCAGUCGAGAAAAUAAACCCCACUACAAAGCUAACUAUAACCGAGUGGGCACUUCCACUCGCCCGUGACAAAAAGUUCAAGGAAAUCGCCGAUCCAAAGCUCAAAGAUGGCUUUGUCGAGGAUGAGCUGAAGCGAAUGGUGCUUGUUGGGCUCACAUGCUCUCAGAACAAGCCAGAGCAUAGACCGAUAAUGUCUGAAGUUGUCGAGCUGCUCAAGGGGGAAUCUGCUGAUAAGCUUUCCAACUUGGAGAAUGAUGAACUGUUCAAGCCUGAACCGACCAGCUCUUGCUAGGGCUCAUCCGGACUUGAUAGCUCAGAUUGCAUCACUGAGGAGAAGAGUUCCAAAGCAGAUAUGAUAGAGGAGGCAGUUGAUUCAAGUGAGACGGUUCCCUCAGCAAGGUAGUUUGAUGCAUAGAAUGGUAUUGUCAACUGGUGUCCUGAGCUCCCUAUCUGAGCGCAUUUUUAGUUAUUCCUUGUUAGUAGCAGCAGGUUAUUUGGGUGCUUCCCUACCCAGUUCACAGAUAUACUUAUCUGUGUAUGGUCAAUUUGAUUUGGUGUGGUUGUCCUGUGGCUUGUAAAAUUAUGCACACCUGGGGCUGCUUCCAAUGGUAACAAGUUGUUCACUGUAUUGUUGCGAUUACUAUGCAGCUAUUUUAAUUAAUCAAUUAUUUAUGUGCAAAAGUAGUUCAUCAAA